CCAUCCUAAACCCUGUUUACCCCAGAAACCUGAACUGUGGACAGACAGAAGAGGAGAGAGAGAGAGAAAAUUCAGACACAAUAAAACUCUGAGGGGAAAAAUAUGUGGAAGGAGGAGGCAGCAGCGGCCUGGAGAAGGGAUUGAAAAGUUUCCCCUGGCUUAACUUCUCCCCCCCUGCAGCAGCAGAAGCAGCGGCAGCAGCACAAGCUGACCAAGUAAACAGGUCAUGGCACGCUUAACGAAGAGACGACAGGCAGAUACAAAGGCUAUCCAGCAUCUUUGGGCAGCUAUAGAAAUAAUCCGGAACCAGAAGCAAAUUGCUAACAUUGACCGUAUUACAAAGUAUAUGUCUCGAGUCCAUGGUAUGCAUCCAAAAGAAACCACACGUCAGCUGAGUUUAGCAGUCAAGGAUGGUCUUAUUGUUGAAACCCUGACGGUGGGGUGUAAAGGGUCAAAAGCUGGUAUUGAACAAGAAGGAUAUUGGUUGCCAGGAGAUGAGAUUGCCUACGGUAUGCAGCCUUUUUCCCAGACAGCAGCAAAAAACAAGGACUGGGAAACAGAAAAUCAUGACUGGUAUUGUUUUGAAUGCCAUUUGCCUGGAGAGGUGUUGAUAUGUGACCUGUGUUUUCGUGUGUAUCAUUCCAAGUGUUUGUCUGAUGAGUUCAGGCUUAGAGACAGCAGUAGUCACUGGCAGUGCCCAGUUUGCAGGAGUAUCAAGAAGAAAAACACAAGUAAACAAGAGAUGAGCACAUACCUGCGAUUCAUAGUCUCUCGUAUGAAGGAGCGGGCUAUAGAUCUAAACAAGAAAGGGAAGGACAACAAACACCCAAUGUAUAGAAGGCUGGUGCACUCAGCUGUUGAUGUUCCAACUAUACAGGAGAAAGUAAAUGAAGGAAAGUACAGGAGUUACGAGGAGUUCAAAGCAGAUGCUCAGCUGCUUCUACACAACACAGUGAUUUUCUAUGGAGCGGACAGUGAACAAGCUGAUAUAGCAAGGAUGCUUUACAAAGACACAUGUCAUGAACUGGAUGAACUGCAGCUUUGCAAGAACUGUUUCUAUUUGUCAAACGCACGACCUGACAAUUGGUUCUGCUAUCCUUGCAUACCUAAUCAUGAAUUGGUUUGGGCCAAAAUGAAAGGCUUUGGGUUUUGGCCAGCCAAAGUCAUGCAAAAAGAGGACAAUCAAGUUGAUGUUCGCUUUUUUGGCCAUCACCACCAAAGGGCCUGGAUCCCCUCUGAAAACAUUCAAGAUAUCACAGUUAACAUCCAUCGGCUGCACGUGAAACGCAGUAUGGGGUGGAAGAAGGCUUGUGAUGAGCUGGAACUGCACCAGCGUUUUCUUCGUGAGGGGAGAUUCUGGAAAUCAAAGAAUGAGGAUAAAGGGGAAGAGGAGGCAGAGUCAAGUAUCUCUUCCACCAGCAAUGAGCAGCUGAAGGUUACUCAGGAACCAAGAGCAAAGAAGGGACGACGUAACCAGAGUAUGGAACUCAAGAAAGAAGAGCCAGAACCUGAAACUGAAGCAGUAAGUUCAAGCCAAGAAAUUCCCACAAUGCCUCAGCCCAUUGAAAAAGUUUCAGUCUCAACUCAGACCAAGAAGUUAAGUGCCUCUUCUCCAAAAAUGCUGCAUCGGAGCACCCAGACCAGUAAUGAUGGAGUAUGUCAGAACAUGUGCCAUGACAAAUACACCAAAAUCUUUAAUGAUUUCAAGGACAGGAUGAAAGCUGAUCACAAAAGAGAAACUGAGAGAGUUGUGCGAGAGGCAGUGGAAAAGCUGCGUACAGAGAUGGAAGAAGAGAAAAGGCAGGCUGUAAAUAAAGCUGUGGCCAAUGCACAAGGAGAGAUGGACAGAAAAUGUAAGCAGGUAAAGGAGAAGUGCAAAGAAGAAUUUUUAGAAGAAAUUAAGAAGCUAGCAGGCCAGCACAAGCAACUGAUUUCCCAGACCAAGAAGAAGCAGUGGUGUUACAACUGUGAAGAGGAGGCCAUGUACCACUGCUGCUGGAACACUUCCUACUGCUCCAUCAAGUGUCAGCAGGAGCACUGGCAUGCUGAACACAAACGUACCUGCCGCAGAAAAAGAUGAAAGAGUUAUUCCUCCCCUAGAAAACCACCCCGAUGAUUGCUAUUCUCAGACACAGCGGUUUUUGUUUCCAAGAAGCCAAAAUUGUUUAGAAUUUGCUUCCCAUUUUGCACCAGCCUUUAAACACUUUUCGUAAAAGAAAUUUUGCACAGUAAUUUCAAUCUUCUGUUUAAUGCUCCUCCAAAAUUUUGUCAGCGAAAUGAAUUUAACAUCUGUGGGAGCAGGUUACUUUAAAUAAUUUUAAACUAGAGGAUUUGUUGCAUUUUCAGCAAAUUUUAAAACAUUUUUAGGUUUUACAGAGAUUUUAAUCUUUAAAAACAGCAGAUCUAAAAAUACAAAAAUCAUGCAAGUUUAACAAAAGGAACAUUUAAAGACUAGAUCUGAAUGUAAGAAGUAUAGAACUGUUUCAGAAAAACGAAGCAUACUACCUUGAUGUAACAUUUAUUUCUUAACCUUGUUGAGCUGGUUUUGUUCAGCUUAAUUUUACUGUUUAAAGGCAUUAUCUAUUGGUUAUACCAGUGGGUACAUGAUUGAAUUUAGGGAACAGGGUUGACACAGCAGGUGCUAGUCCUGCGUAUUUUUUCUUAAAUAUUUCCCAACUGUGUUUUAUUUUCAUUAUUUCUUUUCAAUAUAUAACUUUUAUAACAAAAUAUUAGCUUUGAUCUUGUAGUUUAAAAUCACAGGGAACUGGGGUAAUCUUUUACUGAGCUGGAUCUUAGAGAAAAAUGAAUAUUUAAACUUUGAAGUUUGCACAUUUCAUCUUUGUCCUAACAUGAGUGCUUGUAACAAGAAUAAGAAAAGCCAAAAAACAAAAAAAAGCAACUACCUUUAUUCAUACAUGGAAUUAUGAGGCAUACAAAUUUCUUUAUUGCGCCCCCCCUUCAGCCUCCCCAAUCCAAUGCCAUUUGACUGCCUAUGAUCUGGUGUCACCUGGUCCAUUGUAACUUGAUAAUAAAAGGAAAAAAAGCACUUAAGUUUCACAGAAGCCGUUAUGUUUGUAGUAAUGGGUCAUUGCCUAAUAAUGAGCUCCAUCACUGUACUCAGAAUGAAGAAUACUGCAUGUUAAUUUUCUUGUAUUAAAGAUGCCGUGAUUUGUAAAAAGUCUGUAUUUUGCGGAAUGUCUGGAUUAAGAAGCAUUACCAAUAGGAAUGGAUCGAUAGUUGAAAAAUGAUUUUCUUUUUGUUUGUUUUAUAUAUAGAUAUAUGAAUUGCAUCCAUGUUCAGAGACAAUUUUUUAAAUAGAUGUAAAGCUUACUGAAAUAGCUUUUCUUUUAAAGUGUCUUCGCAUUUUAGUUUCUUUCAAAGAUUGGUCUUAGACUGAGUCAUAUGCCCAUUAAUCAUCCAGCUAUUUUUUGAGAAGUUAGAGGAAUAAUUUGUAAAUAUUUAUUUAGAUCUUUGAUAUUUAUUGAAAGCAAUUACAUGAUGGAACGAUGGAAGCUGAAGAAUCAGGAGGAAAGCCUUUAAAAAAGUUUUCUCUAGGAUUUGUCAGGGUCAUUGUAAAGGUAAAAAUAUAACUAAGACUUCUGUGAACUACCACUGAAAUCCUGAUCUUUUUUACUUACAGUGGUGAUAUAAGUUAAUUGACUAGAUACUGCCAAAUAAUGCCCAAUAUGUUGCAGAAAUUAUGUGGUAAGCUGAUUGGAAAAAAUAGUAAGUAGAUGGUAACUUGUAUUACCACAGCUACAUUAUUGCCUGAUAAAUGUGUAAUUAACUUUUGUCGCCUCUGUGUUGUGACUGUAAAACACUUCACAACUAAAAUCAAUCUUGUUCGAUUACUUUACAAGUUCCAAAACUUCGAUCCACCCCUAUGAAAGCAAGUUAUUGUGGAAAUAUUUUUGGUGUAAAAUCAUUCCAGAAUAUGUAAUAUUUAACUGAUAGCUGCAUGAAAGUAAGAUUCGUGUUACUUUGGCUUUUUUGUCUCUGUUGACACGGUUGCACAUUUCCAAGUUACUACAGCGUGAAAACUGUGUGUUUUAAAGAAAAAAAAACAAAACAAAAAAAAAGAUUGUGGCCUGGUUUUGUAUAAGUUUUAGGUAAAAUUACAAUUGAUUGUUUUAGGAAUCAUGAUUUAAAAUUAAUUUUUCUGCAAAUCAUAAAGCUAUAUUAAAGUGUUGAGCUUAGCCACUAUGCACAUUGUAAUUAUUCAUUGUGGCUGUCCAGUUUAUGAUGCAUUCUGGCAUUUUGUAAGCUGCUCUCACUAGCAAUAUAUAGAGUCAUUUAAUGUGUUAACAUUGGUUAAUAAAUGUAUUUAAAAAAAAAAAAAACAACAAAACCUCACUGAAAGCGUCUGUGUUGCUUUUGGCCUGUUGUCCUCCUGUCCUUGGGUGGCCAUGCAUGGGGCUGCUGGUUUUACUUGUUCUCACCAUAAACACCAGUGGCGACCUUGCUUUGGACUGGAGGUGAGCUGGCUCGUCCAUGCGAGGGCUUGAGCGUCUCACAUGGCUCUCGGCACCGAAAGCGGAGCUUUUCCACCCAUUCAGGGCCAGCAGCCCCCGAGAGAUGUGUCCGGCACGUUCUGGUUUU